CUGAGAGAGCGGGCGUACAGCUGUCUCGUAUUUACUGUGUGAAUGGCGUCGGUUGUUGUGGUAUUAAUGCGGAUGUGUGACAGAUGUCGCACUUUCGGGUACUUUUAGGAACAGAUCAUAAAUUACGAUGUCUUGUAAGUGUUCGGAAAGCGUAAAGAUGUUUUACCGAUGUUAUGGACAGUGUUUCCACUAGUGAAGGCAAGUGCCGAGACAUGAAAUGACAACUUGGGAGUGUUCGGAGACACAGCUAUGAAUCUCAGCGGGGCCGUGCUCUUCUGUCUUUUCCUGGCAGCGAAUUCGGACGAGGAAACUUCAGGAGUGCCGAGCCAGCCGAGGAACGUGACUGUCCUCCGAGUCUCUUCUAACUCUCUCAAGCUGAGCUGGCUGCAGCCCGAGAAGCCCAACGGCCUGAUCACGGGCUACCGUGUUUACUACAUGCACGCCAACUACACCGAAGUGCAGUCCAUGCGCAACGUCAGCUCCAACAAGAAGAUCGAGUUCGAGCUCACCAACCUCAAGCCGUUCACAGAUUACAAGAUAUGGCUGAAAGCGUUUACUGGGAAAUACGAAGGAGAACCAUCUGCAGCAAUAUACCACAAAACAGAUGUGAAAGGGCCAAGUGCUCCACAAAUUUUGAAUGUAACCUGCCAUUCACAUGACACAAUAUACCUACAGUGGGAAAGGCCUACAGAAUUCUACAACACCAUUGACUAUUAUUAUAUUUUGUACCGUGAUGAGUUCUCAAGUGACUACAAAGAAAUAAUGACGCAGACAUCAAAGGAGCAUCUAGAAACUAUGAUGUUCCUACCCAAUUUAACAACGAAUACUGUUUACGAAAUAAAAAUCAAAGGAGCAUCACAUAGCAUCUUCAACAAGGAUCAGAUACUGGGAGGGGAAGAGUCUGUAUUGAAAAAAGUGGAAAUACGACCUAAUUGUGACAAAGAGCAGACAUUCCUAGAGGAAACAGAAGAAGAAUUGAGUCCUGGUGUUAUUGCUGGCCUAGUGUGUGUGGGAUGCUCUCUUGUAUUUACUGCAGUUGGUUUCUUAAUUUGGAGAAAAUGUUUCCAUGUCAAUUAUUAUUAUCUUGAUGAUCCUCCUCGAAUAAAUGCUCCCACACUCGUGGACUGGGAUUCCCAGACAGAGCAGAAAACUGCCGUGCCCAUUGAAUUAUUUGCCAAACAUGUUAUAAGUCUGCAUGCUGAUGGUGACAUCGGGUUCAGCAAAGAGUAUGAAGCUAUACAGGCAUCGUCAACCCAGGAAGAAUAUACAUCAGAACAUUCUCUUCAUCCUGACAACAAGCAAAAGAACAGAUAUCUCAACAUAUUGGCAUAUGAUCACAGCAGAGUACAACUACUUCCCAUACCAGGCCAGAAGAAAUCGGUUGACUAUGUAAAUGCAAAUUACAUUGAUGGAUUUCAGCAGUCCCGAGCUUACAUUGGCACCCAAGGCCCAUUGCCUUCUACUUUUGAUUGUUUUUGGCGUAUGGUGUGGGAACAGAGAGUUGUAAUUAUUGUGAUGAUCACCAAUCUUGUGGAGAGAGGACGGGAAACUCUAAAAAGACAGCCUAAGCUUGCAUCUCAGUGUCUCGAGAGAAAAUGUGACAUGUACUGGCCAAAAGAGGGAACAGAAACCUAUGGUGUAAUACAAGUGAAGCUAGUCAAAGAAGAUGUAAUGGCAACGUACACAAUUCGGACACUGCAAAUUCGCCAUUUGCGACUAAAGAAGAAGAAGCACAGCCUGUGUGAGAGGCUUGUGUAUCAGUAUCACUACACAAACUGGCCUGAUCAUGGUACACCAGAUCACCCACUACCUGUGCUUAGCUUUGUUAAAAAAUCAUCAGCUGCCAAUCCACCAGAGGCUGGCCCUAUCAUAGUUCAUUGCAGUGCUGGAGUUGGUAGAACUGGUACAUACAUAGUUCUCGAUGCCAUGCUGAAACAGAUACAAGCAAAGGGAGAAGUUAACAUAUUUGGCUUUUUACGUCAUAUCCGUACUCAGAGGAACUUCUUGGUUCAGACAGAAGAACAAUAUAUAUUUAUUCAUGAUGCUCUUCUUGAAGCUAUUGAAAGUGGAGAGACUAACAUCAGUCAGACUUCUCUGUCUCAGUAUGUACAACAACUUCAAUUCUGUGAUACUGAUGACGAGCAGAAACCGGAUCAAAUAGAGAUGUUGGAUUUACAGUUUCGGCUUAUCACAUCCUUUCAACCCAAAGAUUUCAACUUAGUUUCUGCAAAUAAACCAUGCAACCAUUUUAAAAACAGAAGCUGUAUUUUACCAAUUGAAAGUUCAAGAGUACACCUGACACCAAAACCAGGCGUCGAUGGCAGUGAUUACAUUAAUGCUACAUGGAUUCAGGGUUUUCAUAAACUGCAUGAAUUUAUCAUUACUCAGCAUCCAAUGCCACAUACAGUUCAUGACUUCUGGCAGAUGGUUUGGGAUCACAAUGCACAAACUAUUGUAAUGUUGUCUUAUAUAGAUGGACAGGACUUUGGAAUUUUCUGGCCUAUAGAAAAUGAAGAAAUUGAUUGUGAAAAUUUCAAAGUGAAGUAUGUGGACACUGCAGAAAAUGAGACCUGUAUGACAAUGAAUGUUGUACUACAGUCACUCCAAGAUGACUAUGAACUUACAACACGAAUUAUUCAGUGUCCAAAUUGGCCUCACAACUGCAGUCCAGUCAGUACAGUUUUUCAACUGAUCAUGCUGGUACAGGAACUGCAUUUGCGAUUUCAGAAUGGACCUGUUGUUAUUGUAGACAGGUAUGGAGGAACAGAGGCUGCUACCUUCUGUUGCUUGAUGACUAUGUUCAAACAACUUAAAUUUGAAAGCUCUGCAGAUCUUUAUAUGUAUGCAAAAUUGUAUCAUAACAAACGUCCUGGAAUUUGGAGAAGCAAGGACGAUUACUUCAUGAUGUACAAGGCAUUAGCUUGUCUAGUGAGCAAUGCUGCCCAUCAUCCAGUACCUAUGUCUGCUUCUGCACCUCCUGACUUGUAUCUUACUGCAAAUGGCCAUGUGAAUGGUUUUGUUGGAACUACUAAUGGUUGUUCACAAGCUCCUUCACGAGGAACUGGGGACGGUGAAGAACAACCUGUGUAGACUGGAGGUAUAAGGCAAGCUCUGUUUUAUAGAAUUCUGUUUCUGUGAAGUAUAUGUACAUACUCUUUUUCUGAAGAAAGAUCAGCAGUAAACCACCAAAGAUGUUACAGAAUACAUAACACUAUGUAUGUGGUGUCUGUUCUUUUGGACAUGUCCGGAAGAACAGACACCAUUUUGAUUCUGCAGCCACUAUGAAUCAAGACACAAAGGAAUUAAAGGCAAUAACUGCCAGUGGGCAUUGAUUUAUAUCAAUAGGGCAAGUUGAACAUUUUUUCACUCUCAGAUCUCCUGUUUACUACACAAUAUUUGGUGACCACACACUACUAAUGUAAUACCUCUGCUCAUUAGCCUCAUUACUUGUGGCAUCUCGCCAAUUUCCAUAAGAGUUCAAGCAUGGUGUGCAUCUGCACACAUCUGAAAGAACAGGCAUCAUGUUGAUACUGUAUAACUACAGUGAUGAUGGCCAAAGAUGCCUUCAGUGCAGAUCCACAUGAAGCUCAAACACUUAGGAGAAAUGGCAUGAGGCUGCAGGUAAUGAGACUAAUGACCAGGGCACUACAUCAGUCAUGCGCGGUAUGAGUUGAGAAUUUGGGGCUGGAGUACUAGAGUAGUCCAUGUGAUUGUGGUGACCACUGCAUUGGGAUAGUGUAGUGGUCAGCACAUCUACCUAGUAAGCAAGAGACCCAGGUUUGAAUCCUGGUCUGGCACAAAUUUCCAUCUCGUCCCCAUUGAAAUAAAUCAGUGCCCACUGGCAGCUGAUGUCUUCAAUUCCUUUGUGUCUUGACACAUAACACUGUUGCAGUCCAAAGUCAAGAAAUUUAGCCAUAAUUGCUUGUAUGUUUAUGAAAAUGAUGAUGGUAUAUUACUAGUUGUCUGUCUCUGUAUCUAAAAUUAGUGUUAUAUUUGUCAAUAAAUGUAUUUGUGUAUCCCUUCUUUUGUUUCAACAUGUUGUUGAUGUUUCAUGUACCUUUAAGCAGAAGGCUGUUGUUAGUUUCCAAGAUGUAAUAGCAUGACAAAACAUGAAAAGAAAUGUGUGUAGUAGUCAUUUGUCCCAUUAGUCCAUAUUUGUGUUAUCGAAAUUAAGUGUUACAAAAUGUGAAACUUAGCUGUGUGUCAAUCUGAAUUUUAUUAGUCAUUUGCUGCAGUUAAAGUCAAAUGCAGUAGUUCUAGUCCCAGAUAUUUGGUGUGACACUGAUUUAUGGAGGGUGCAGGCAAAUUGGCAUAUAUAUCAUUGUGUGUUGGCUGUAAGCUUCAAAGCUACCAUGGAUUGGUGGUAGAUGUGAGGCUGCAAGCUUAUGUGAAGAAUGAUCUCACCUGUCUUAUAAAUUAACAGCAGAUGAUGUUAUAUGUAUUAUUUUAGUAUUAAAAUGAAUGUUGUAUGUAGCUGUUGAACAUAAAAGAAUAUGUGUGAUAUGUGUUAACUAUGUUUCACAUUGUAAACUCAGAAUUGUGUGUUUCUUUCUCUGUGAUGUUCAAUAACUAUGAAAGAUCUAAGACAAGAUGCAAUUUUAUCUCUGAACUGAAAAUGUUUGAAUGAAAUAAAGUGAUAUUUAUGUUAGACUGUUACAAAUGAAGAUUAAAUUAAUGUUUUGUCAAAACUUGGUACUAUACUGUGAAAGAAAAAAAAAAUCAAUCCUGCCUAUUUUAUUGCUCUACUUUUUAAGCAGCUAAAAAAUGAAACUUUGCUCAUGAUAGACUUCAUAAUUAGCUUCAUGAUCAGUCAAAUGUCAUCAAGCUUUCAAUAUGAUGUUUAUCAUGUGAAAAGUAAGUCCAGCAGAAAUUUCAUUUUUAAAUAAUUUUUGAGACAUUAGUUUUAAGUGUUUUAUACUGUAUAUAUUAUAGCUUUUUAUGAUUGUUCCAUGAGAAACAUGUACCACACAUUAUUGUUGAUACCGUACCCUUCCUUUACUGUUCCUAGUAUUACAUUAUGUAGUUCAUCCAAUAAACUGGUCCUGUUACUGUGUGCAUGACAAAAACAUGACAAAAAACUACAUAAAAAUGAACUGAAUGUUUCUGUGUUGUAAUAAAAGCUUUAUUUGUCGAAUAUAGUUGUUAUCAAAAGAAUAUGUCUCUGUCUACAUUCAUUCAACAUGUUAAAUGAAAACCAGUUUCAAAAUCCAUACUGCAGUUUUUGUUUCCAAGUAUAUGUACCUUGAGAACAUGUUUCAUGUAGUGAGAAAAUAUUUUAUAAAUGUGAAAAAU